CUUUAACGACUCGCCUUCUAUUGUUCCCGUGGUUUUGAGUAAUACUUCUGCAUAUUCCAUUUCCACGGUCACUCUCUCGACGUUCGCAUAGGACACCCUCAUCCAGCCGGAUCACCUACCCUAAUACAUCCAUCUCACCGAAAAUGGAUCCCAAUGUCGACUUGUUCGCUGGUAUGAAGAAGAAGAAGAAGAAGGUCGCCGUCGCCGAACCUGAAGAAUCGUCCGUCUCCCCCGCUCCCGCCGUCGAAUCUACUCCUGAGCCUACCCCUACUGCGGCUCCUGCCGCUCCCGAGCCUGCUGCAGAGGCGGCGCCUGUGGCGGAAUCGAGCGAGAAGCCGGCAGAGGAUGGAGGUGACCUGUUUGCAGACUUGAAGAAGAAGAAGAAGAAGAAGAAGGAUAUCCCCCUCGACCUUGAGGACGCACCCGCGCCUACCGCCGACGGCCUCGACAUCCCCAUGAAGAAGAAAAAGUCCAAAAAGACCACCGACUUUUCCAAAGAGCUCGAAGAGCUCGAAACCGAGCAGCAAAACGAAGCCGCCGCCGCCGACGACGGCGACCUCGGCGACGACCCCUUCUCCACCAAAGCCUCCGGCGCCGACCCCUCCGCCAGCGAGCUGCUCGAAGCCGGCAAAGAACCCUGGGUCCUCGAGGCCCGCGAGCCGACGUAUGCCGAGCUGUUGAAACGCUUCUUCGCCCUCCUCCACGCGCACAACCCCGAGCUUGCGGGGGAGAAGCGCAGAUACACGAUCGUGCCGCCGCAAGUGCAGAGGGAGGGCGCGAAAAAGACGAAUUUCGCGAAUGUGAUGGAUAUCUGCAGGAGGAUGAGGAGGCAGCCGGAGCAUGUGAUCAUGUUUUUGUAUUCGGAGUUGGGUACAACGGGGUCGGUGGAUGGUACGCAGAGGUUGGUGAUGAAGGGAAAGUUUACGCAAAAGCAAAUCGAGAAUGUCCUGAGAAAGUACAUUGUCGAAUACGUCACCUGCAAAAUCUGCAAAUCCCCCGACACCAUCCUCGGCAAAGAGAACCGUCUCUACUUUAUGACCUGCGAGUCGUGCGGGUCUAGACGUUCCGUCUCGGCUAUCAAGGCCGGUUUCCAGGCCCAGGUCGGGAAGCGUAUCAAGACUGGAUAGUCUGCUCUUUCCGUUUGGGCUGUUUGGGGGAGGUGGAGUGUAUAGUAUUAGAUGCAUUGAUUCAAAGUGCUCAUUAAAGAAGACGUGUAACGGAAGAAGGAUCGGGGCUUUGAAUAGAUAUCAUCACCGGGCUCGCUCGUGC